AUGAAUGAAGAGACAACAGUAUUGAACCAAGAUCACAAAACUGUGUCAAAAAAGAAAUUGGUAGUUUCUCAGUUUCAGGAAACUGACUUCGAUAAUUUUGAAGGACUUGAAUUGGAGUCGAUGCCAAUGCCUAGACCAGCUAAGAGCACCAUUUAUGAUUUCGCAGUCCCUCUCGAGCCCUCCACCUACGAUUCAAACGGAGAAAUGGACGAAUCCAGCGUGUACGAAGAAGACACCUCGUCGGGAUUAGCCGAUUUAGAUCUGGAAAAUCCACAGAUAACCGUAGCUGCAAAGAAUGGAACGAUUACAACAGCACUGCUAAUGGAAGAUACUAGUCUAAAGAACCCUUUCACAAUGUCUAUUGAUGUCAGCGACCAAAAUUCAAAGUCAGCAACUCUGUUAUGGAUGAACUCGACCCAACCGUCCAAUCUUGUUGAGACAACUAUGGAAGAAGAACCAACACAAGUUGAGACUCCCGCGGGAGUGGAUCCAGAUCCUUUCGAAUUUUCGGAAGUAGUGGAUAUCACGAAGAAGCCGAUAAAGAGUAAACCAGGACGCGAACGCAAGAAAGGCGAUGUGACAGUGAAUCACACUAUUGUAAAGGUACCUAUUCUUAUUUUGAGUUCAAUUGCCCAUAAUGAGGGAAGCUCAGCAUGCAAAUUGCCUUUCGAAAAUUUCCUAUUUUAG